CACGACGUUGUAAAGACCAAUUAAACGCAAGAGUCAUUACUUCGAAUGGUUACUCUAACCUUCUACUAUGGCCAAGGAAUCCAAAGAUCACUCACCACCCUGUGAGUCUGUGAACUAACUGUUACCAUAGAAUGGAGCUUGGCACGGGCCUGCACGGAAGGCUUAGUGGGCCGCAUCCGAGAUAAGACGGAACCCCCGGACGGGUCCCGAAGUCACGGGUCCUUCCAGGACCACCUCCGCAUCCACGGAACUCCAUGCCUUUUACGACUGCCCCUUUACGCUCUUAUGAGGGAACCGAUCGCCAGUGCCUUGUCACGACCUGGCUAUCUUCAACGAAGCGUCGUCUAGAUGAUAACCAUGAAUUCGCGAUAUCGCCUCAUACCGUUGGAUUCAGGAGAUCAUUCAUUCAUUCUGCAAAAUAUCCAUUAAGAAAAUGUCGAGGCCCUACCAUAGCGGACCAAACAGUUUCUGGCUCCCGGACUAUACAAAACUCGGCUUGGUGGUCAGCAGCAGACAUAUCAGGGAUAUGGCAAAAAAGCGUCGCAAUGCCGUGGUUUGGAAUGGAUAUUGGAGGUACUUUAUGCAAAUUGGUAUACUUCGAGCCUAAGGAUAUAACAAGAGAUGAAGCAGAUGCGGAAGUCGAAAUUUUGAAGAAUAUUCGACGCUACCUUACCAAGAAUUCCGCGUACGGUAAAACUGGGCAUCGAGAUACGCAUUUACAGAUGGAUAAUCUUCGGAUUAGGGGCAGAAGAGGUACUUUACACUUUAUAAGGUUUCCAACCUGUGAGAUGGGCAAUUUUUUGGCUCUCGCAAAAUCAAAAGGCAUGGCAAAUCUAGUAACUACUGUUUGCGCAACUGGAGGUGGAGCCUUCAAGUUCGAAGAAAACUUUAAAAAGGAAGUAAAUAUGAGCCUAGCAAAAUUCGAUGAACUUGACAGCUUAAUACGAGGCAUGCUCUACAUAGAAACAACGAAUCCACAUGAAUGCUACUAUUGGGCUGAACCUACAGACGAUAUCAAGUGUCAUAAAAUACCUUUUGACUUUUCGAAACCUUAUCCUUUUUUGCUUGUCAAUAUAGGAUCUGGUGUAAGCAUAUUAGCGGUAUAUGGUCCAGAAAACUACAGGAGGAUAUCAGGAACAAGCUUAGGUGGUGGAACAUUUUUAGGACUAUGUUGUCUACUAACCGGAUGUAACACUUUUGAGGAAGCAAUAGAAUUGGCAACGAGUGGUGAUAACACCAGAGUAGAUAAGUUAGUAAGGGAUAUCUACGGAGGUGAUUAUGGCCCAUUUUGCCUUCCAGGAGACCUCGUCGCGAGCAGCUUUGGCCAAAUGAAUUCAAAAGAUCGACGCAACACGGUCAGUAAAGAAGAUCUUGCACGUGCCACACUCGUAACUAUUACUAACAACAUUGGCUCUAUUGCAAGAAUGUGCGCAGUGAAUGAAAAUAUUGAAAGGGUCGUAUUCGUUGGAAAUUUCCUUAGGGUUAAUCCCAUAUCGAUGAAACUGCUAGCGUAUGCUAUGGACUACUGGUCUAAGGGAAUGCUCAAAGCUCUGUUUUUAGAACAUGAGGGCUACUUUGGAGCAGUGGGAUGUCUACUGCAGUUCAACGGUUAUACUGGUUAAAGGUGCUAGGAAGUCAACUGCAACGUAAGCAUCAUUCCAGUCAAAGUACUGAGUUGGAGAAACUUAUAAGAUAAUUAAAUUAAUAUAUUUAUUUUAAAUAUCAUUUCUAAUCUUUCGGGAAUCCGUGCGUCGACUUCGUGUUACGAUUUACAUCUACUAAUAUAGCAUAGAACAAACUUUAAUGGAAUAAAUUGACUUCUUCAAUUGCCUUUCGGAUGAUAAGCCAGAACACCACUCAAAAAAUAUAUUUUUGACAAUUAGCCUAAAGAUUAUUUUCUGUCUUUGGAAUUUUUUAGCGAAAGGCGCUUGGAUAUGGUACAAUAACUUAUUUCCGAUGGAUUGUCGGGACUAUAUCUACCGAAAUUGAAUGACAAAUAGGCAAUUUGAAAUAUAGUUAAAUAAACUUUAGAAUAGUUUGAUCUAUUUUUCCUACUAUCGAAGCUUUAUCUAAAAAUUUUGAUUUGGUAAAAACGAGGUUUCGGUUAAUCCAAAAAGUGUGUUUCUAAUAUCGACUGUACCAUGCAAUGAGGAAUCAAGUUCUGGUAAACCUAUAUGAAGACCAAGUUACGGUUAUUUCGUACGAAAAAUCAACUUAGACUUCCUAUAUACAUGAAAUGAAGUCUCUUUGUUGGCAGUUCGAAUCUUUCAAAUAAAAUAAAUAAACUCUAGACAGAAGCAUCUCCUUA